UGAUUUUGAUACCAUGGAGCUAGUAGUCUGAACACGUAGGUUCACUGUGGUUGUCUUAUUACUGACAAAUCUAUUUAAAAGGUUAAUGUGUGUUUGCUUUUGUUGGCUGUCCCUGCUCUAAAGAUGCCAGCUGGUGUAUCCUGGCCACGUUAUCUAAAAAUGUUUGGUGCCAGCAUAUUAUCCAUGUUUGCUGGCGCAGAGUGUGUCCAUCAGUAUUACCGCCCAGAUCUGAGCAUCCCCAAUAUUCCUCCAAAACCUGGAGAACUGCAGACUGAACUUCUUGGAUUGAAAGCAAGACAGCCAGCCUCAGAGAAACACUGAUGCUAAAAGUUUUUUUAUAGAACUGUAUCUGUAUAUAUGUAAACAAAACAUCAUGUUGUAAACAUAUUAUGAGUAGGUUGGUCACACUGGAGUAAUUGUUUUUUAUUAAAUAAAUUAAAAUAAAAGCAUUAAGUUAUU